AUGAAUUCCCACCAGGCCGAUGCCUCGGUUACCACUACCCCUACUCGGAACCUCGCUCAGCGGCUACCACCGAAUCCUGAUGCCACCGACUUGGACCUCGAGCCGACUCCAAGGCCUCUGCGAGCAGACCUCACCCUCUCUCUGGUUGCUCGCCAGAUGGCACAGUCUGACACCAGCAGCGUUGCUUCUUCCUCCGCCGCUAGUCUACCCUGUGAUGACGAUAUGAGUAAAUGCCUUGAUCUCGACGCGACUGCGGUGUUUCUUGACGUGGUGAAAGUCCAUCAAGGACUAAACAAGUCGGAGAACUCGAAUCUUAAGCUGUUUUCCGCCCUUAUCAAGAUGCUGGCUCGAGGGGUAUAA